AUGUGUAGCAACCGACUUAAAAUUUUAAGGAAAAGAGUCGCCACCAUUUAUUUUUAUUCUAAAGAAAGAGAAUUAAACGGAUUACCCUACGGUCAGAGAUUUUAUGUUCGCGAGUCGGUUAAACAGAGAGAAGUGCAAGAAAUAUUUGAAAUUUGUGAUGAAGUGGAAAAAAAUGAAGAAACUCAAAAAGAUACUGAUUGUUUAGAAGUAAAUGACACAUAUGAAAAAGAUAUUCCUAGUGUUGGUAUGGUAUUUGCUUCUGAAGAUGAAGUUACUGAGUAUUAUAAGAAAUAUGCUCGACAUAUAGGUUUUGGAAUUGCUAAAAUAAGUUCAAAAAACGGAGAUGAUGGAAAAAAAUAUUUUACUUUGGCAUGUAGUCGAGCAAGAAAGUAUGUGAGUAAAUCAAAAAAUCCAUUGAAGCCCAAUCCUAUUACAAAAACACAGUGUAAGGCGAGAUUGAAUGCUUGUAUUCAUUUAAACGGGACAGUUAUAGUUUCAAGUAUUGUUAUUGAGCAUAAUCAUGAACUAAGUCCAAGCAAAGCACGAUAUUUUAGAUCCAACAAAAAUUUGGGGUCUCAGAUGAGAAGAAGGUUAGAACUCAAUGAUCAAGCUGGAAUUAAUGUAAGCAGAAACUUUCGAUCUUUAGUUGUUGAAGCGAAUGGGUAUGAGAAUCUUACAUUUGGAGAAAAAGACUGUAGAAACUAUAUAGACAAAGUAAGACGACUACGACUUGGGACAGGUGAUGCAGAAGCAAUACAAAAAUAUUUUGUCAGAAAGCAAAAGCAAAAUAAUCAAUUUUAUUACGUAAUGGAUGUGGAUGAUGAAAGUCGGUUACGUAAUGUGUUUUGGGCUGAUGCAAGAUGUAGGACUGCAUAUGAGUAUUUUGGCGAAGUCAUAACUUUUGAUACCACUUACUUAACAAAUAAAUAUGACAUGCCUUUUGCUCCUUUUGUUGGAGUAAAUCAUCAUGGUCAAUCUAUGUUGUUGGGUUGUGCUCUAUUGUCUAAUGAGGAUACUAAAACUUUUACUUGGUUGUUCUCAACAUGGUUAGAGUGUAUGCACGGUUGUGCUCCAAAUUCCAUAAUUACUGAUCAAGAUAGAGCAAUGAAGAAUGCAAUUGAGACUGUCUUUCCGAAGGCUCGACACCGAUGGUGCUUAUGGCAUUUAAUGAAAAAAAUUCCAGAAAAGUUUGGUAGAUAUUCCAAUUAUGAGUCAAUUAAAACACUUUUGCAUGAUAUUGUAUAUGACUCUACAAGCAAAAGUGAUUUUAUGAUGAGGUGGAAACAUAUGGUUGUGUAUUAUGAACUACACGAUAAUGAAUGGCUGAAAGCGUUAUUUGAAGAGCGGCAUCGGUGGGUUCCUAUAUAUGUUAGGGACACAUUUUGGCCUGGAAUGUCAACUACACAACGAAGUGAAAGUAUGAACUCAUUUUUUGAUGGAUAUGUAAACUCAAAGACAACAUUGAAGCAAUUUGUUGAACAAUACGAUAAUGCAUUGAAAGAUAAAAUUGAAAAGGAGAGCAUGGCUGAUUUCAGGUCAUUUAAUACAAUUAUUGCUUGUGUAAGUCACUUUGGCUUUGAGGUCCAAUUUCAAAAAGCAUUUACCAAUGCAAAGUUCAAAGAAUUUCAAUUCGAAAUUGCUUCGAUGAUGUAUUGCCAUGCAUGUUUUGAUAAAUUGGAGGGAAUAGAUUCCAUAUUUUGCGUUACAGAGAGUAGGAAAGUGCACGACAAGAUGAAAGACAUUGGGUUCAUGGUAUUCUUCAAUGAAAAAGAUUUCUUGUUUAAAUACACAUGUUGCUUGUUUGAAUUUAAAGGUAUUGUAUGCAAGCACAUCCUUUGUGUGCUUAAGCUCCGAGGAAAAACAGAUUCAAUCCCUGACAAUUAUAUUUUGGGACGAUGGAGGAAGGAUGUAAAUCACAGACAUACACUUAUUAAAUGUGGUUUAGAUAAUAUGUCUAAAAAAUCUGAAUUGCAGCGUGUUGAUAAAGCUUGUGAUGCCUUUUAUGAAGUUGCUUCAACAAAGAUAAAUAGUGAAGAUGAUUUAUUGAAAGUGAUGAAUUGGAUUAAAGAAUUGAAAAUUGAGCUAGCGUGUAAAGAAUCAUCUCCUAGAACUGUAGAAGAAGAUACUCCAACUCAAAACCAGACUUUUAUUCUUGAUCCAACAGUGACUCGAAGUAAAGGGCGCCCUCCUUUAAAAAGAAAAACUUCUAAAGUUGAUCAAAUUGUGAAGAAGAAGCUUGCACCAAAAAAAACUAAAAAAUGCAGCCAAAAAAAUAAAGAUCAAGAAGAGGGCAUAUCCACAUCCAGAAUACAUGAUAAAGAACCUGAAGUAUUUUUCACAUCUCAACUUGGUGAUGGAAUUGGAACACAGGAAAGCAUUCAAGGAAAUACUGAGUAUACAAAAUGGAUGAAUAGUUACAGUACUAUGACUAAUUUAGCUCCUAUUUGUCUAAAUCAAAAACAUCUUGAUGAAAUAAAUCAGGUUUCAUACCAUUCUAAAAAAAAUGGACCAUAUUUUGAACUUUCACAGGUACAACAUCAAAUGAAUGAAGAACCAUCAUUGUAG